CAAUUCUUGACUUCCAAUUUAAUUCACUUCCCUCCCCCCCUUCUUCAUUACUCUCGCGAACUGUUCACCCAUCGACCCAGCAGUUCUCAAAAACAACAACCACAACGACAACAACAAGAACCAUGGCCGACGAAAAGCAUUCGGCCGUUGCGCCGGCCGUCGAUGCGACUCACAACGAAGCUAGCGAAGUCCCCAGCAAACCUGGCUCCCACCAAGAUAUCACCAUUCCUCCGCCUCGUCCACCCGGCUGGAUGUACAAGGGCUUCAAGGUCUUCGGCCAUGAGCUCUGGUACGCCUCGCCUCUGUUCCAACUCCUCUUGGUCGCCGUGGUUUGCUUCAUGUGUCCCGGCAUGUUCAACGCUCUCAGCGGUCUCGGCGGCGGUGGACAGGUCGACCACACAGCCCAGGACGACGCCAAUACUGCGCUUUACUCAACCUUCGCCGUCGUCGCCUUCUUCUCCGGCUCCAUCGCUAACAAGCUCGGUGUGCGCUUGACACUCUCCUUUGGCGGCCUGGGAUACGUCAUCUACAUCGCUUCCUUCUUCAGCUACAACCACAAUCAAAACCACGGCUUCGUUGUCUUCGCCGGCGCUUUUCUGGGUGUCUGCGCCGGUCUCCUCUGGACCGCUCAGGGCACCAUCAUGAUGUCGUACCCGACCGAGGACAUGAAGGGCCGCUACAUCUCGUGGUUCUGGAUCAUCUUCAACCUCGGCGCCGUCAUCGGCUCCCUGAUCCCUCUCGGUCAAAACAUUAACAAAGUCGCCGGCCCCGUAACCGACGGCACCUACGUCGGCUUCCUCGUCCUCACCCUGAUCGGCGCCUUUCUGGCUCUCAUGAUCUGCGACGUCGACAAAGUCGUGCGCGAGGACGGCUCCAGAGUGAUCAUGAUGAAGAACCCCUCGUGGAUUACCGAGUUCAAGGGCCUCUUUGAAACCAUCACCUCGGAGCCCUGGGUCGUCCUCUUGUUCCCCAUGUUCUUCGCCUCCAACACCUUUUAUACCUACCAGUCCAACGACAUGAACGGCUCCCAGUUCAACACGCGCACCAAGGCGCUCAACAACACGCUUUACUGGCUCGCGCAAAUCUUUGGCGCUAUCAUUGUCGGCUACGCUUUGGACUUUGCGGGCGCGAGAAGGUCGAUUCGCGCAAAGGGCAGUUUCGUCAUGCUGAUUGUGCUGACCAUGGCUAUCUGGGGCGGCGGGUACGCGUGGCAGAAGGAUCAGCCCACACGCGAGGAGACGGCCGAGGAAGGAUUCGUGACGGUCGAUUGGACGGACGGUGCGAAGAAGUAUGUCGGGCCCAUGUUUUUGUACAUGUUUUAUGGGUUUUUCGAUGCCGCGUGGCAGACUUGCAUUUACUGGUACAUGGGCGCUCUCUCCAACUCCGGCCGCAAGGCCGCCAACCUCGCCGGUUUCUACAAGGGUCUUCAGAGCGCUGGCGCCGCUGUGUUUUGGCGGUUGGACGGGUUGAAGAAGCCCUUUGAUCACAUUUUUGGUGCUACUUGGGGUCUCCUAGGCGGUGCCCUCCUCAUUGCCGCGCCUGUCAUCUGGAUGAAGAUCCAGGAUACCGUUGCCCUCGAAGAAGAUCUCAGGUUCAGCGACGAGACGGCCGCGGAUGUGGUCACGGGAGCGGAAGGUGCGGUGGCGGCCGGUCAGGCGGCGCAACCGGAGACGGUGGCGGUGGGUGCACAUGGUGGUGGUAGCGAGACGGCCAAGGCGGUCGUCUAAGCUUUUUUUUCUUUCUUUUUUUUUUUGUCUUCUCCGAAGUUCUGAUUGACGAACUUUUUGUUGAUGUGCGGAUAACGGAACGCACCGGAAUAUGGGAUUUGUUUUGAGUAAGUAAUGUGGGAAAUGAUAUUUUACGACUGGAGGAAAGCUUAAUCUAUCGGCGGAUAGGUGGCUGGGUGCAUGGGUGUGGAUAAUUUGGUUGAAACUUGCCGGCUUGCAAAGGAGAAGAGUUGUUUACCUACCUAUAGAUUUUACGAUACCACGAUACGCGGAUGGACGGUUGGACGGACGGACGGACGGACUAAUGAUAUAAUUGCGCUGUACAUACUUUUUUAGAAUAAUGUAGUCAUGACUCGACUGUAAUAUUUCUG